GUCGCACAUCUGGUUCAUAGUUUACCAAAAUGAAUAGACUCCUCUGUGUGCCACUAUUGGCACUCGUUGGCCUAUUUCUUUCAAAUAGUCUCACUCAAGCACAAUCAGUUCAAGCCACCAGGAGAGACAUUGUGUUCUUGUUUGAUGGCACCUCCAGCGUGGGAAAGUCGAACCGGGACUUUAUUCUAAAAAUAAUUAACAAACUCAAUAUUGACCCGGAUGCUGUGAGGGUUGGAUUGGUGCAGUACAGUGACAACCCUAGAACAGAAUUUAACUUAAGCACCUAUCAAACGAAAACCCAGGUACAGCGACAUCUACGGAAUCUCAAGCCGAAAGGAGGUCAAGAUUUGAAUACUGGUGCUGCUCUGGACUAUGUUUUUAGAAACCAUUUCAACAGCUCUGCAGGAAGCAGGAAAGAGCAAGGUAUCCCACAGAUCCUUGUGCUGCUCACUGGUGGAAGGUCCAUAGAUGAUUUUAGACAAGCAGCGAGUGCACUGAAGCAAGAUUCUAUCAUGACCUUUGCUAUUGGAUCCAAGAAUGCAGACCAGGCAGAGUUGGACGAAAUCGCAUUUGAACCCUCUUUGGUCUUCAAUGUAGGAAGCAAACUUCUGUUUACUAUUCAGAAACAAGUGCUGGGGAUGAUAACAACAAUAUCCAUCCCAGAAAUAGCCAUUCGUCCAGAUGUUAUUGUCACGCCAGGAAUGAGUAAGAGAGACAUUUUCCUCCUGAUCGAUGGAUCCAAUAAUGUUGGCAAUGUAAAUUUUCCUCUUGUCCGCGACUUUAUCCAGAGGAUAAUUGAGAACCUUGAUAUUGAUGAUGGUGUAGUGCGAGUCGGUGUGGCACAGUACAGUGAUAACACAAAUGUUGAAUUCUAUUUGAACUCCUACUCAAAAAAGUCUGAAGUUCUGAAUCAUGUAGAAAGACUCAGGCUGAAAGGGGGCUCCACUCUCAACAUUGGGAGUGCCAUGGAUUUCACCUUUAAAAAUCUUUUGAUCAACUCUACGGGAAGUAGGAAAGAUGAAGGAGUUCCCCAGAUUCUGGUGGUUUUCACUGCUGGCAAGUCAAGUGACAGUCUUACUAAUGUCAAACAAGCAUUGAUGGAAGGUGGCAUAAUCAGCAUUGGUGUAGGAGCCAAGAGAGCAGACCUAGAAGAACUGAAGCUCAUCGCAUUUCACAAAAGUUUGGUGUUUAAGGUGAAUGAAUUCAGUGCGCUACAAAAUAUCCGGCAACAAGUGGAGGGGAAAGUACAAACAAUCGCAGGCACAGAACAUUCAGUCAGGCUGAGAGAUAUCGUCUUUAUGAUCGAUGGCACGCAAGCAAAUGGAAGAGGAUUUAUUCAAAUCUGUGACUUUGUCAUUGAAGUCAUUCAGGAGCUAGAAAUUGAUAACGGCAACGAUCGAGUUGCAGUGGUGCAAUACAGUUCUGACCCCAGACUUGAAUUUGGAUUAACUGACCACUCCGGAAAAAAUGAAGUCAUUACUGCAAUAAGAAACCUCAAACUGAAAGGGGGAACAACUCUCAACACCGGAGUGGCACUGGAGUAUGUCAACAAGAACAUCUUUAUCCCAUCAUCUGGCAGCCGACGCGACUCUGGAGCUAGUCAAAUCUUGAUACUGUUUGCUGGUGGGAAGUCCAAAGAUGAUGUUAGGUUGGGAGCAAAUGAACUCAAAGUCGCCCAAGUAGUAACCACUGCUAUCGGUGCCAGGAGAGCAGAUGUAGCAGAAAUUCAGAUGAUUGCAUUAACACCCGAAUUUGCCUUCUUACUAAGAGACUUCCAGGAACUAUCAAGUAUUCAACAAGCCCUGAUAACAAACCUUAGGACAAUAAUUGUGAUUGAGCAAGCUGCUGAUGGUGCUGCUAAGAGAGAUGUUGUUUUCCUGAUUGAUGGAUCAGAAAAAAUGAGAUCCUCGUUCUCUUCGGUCCAGAGCUUCAUUUCUAGAGUGGUGGAGAAACUCGAUGUUGGAAGUGACAAAGUGCGAGUCAGUGUAGUACAGUACAGUGAUGAUCCCAGACCCGAGUUCCUGUUAAACAGCCACUCAAGCAAACAGGAUGUGAUGGAUGCAAUAAGAAGACUCAGAGUUAAAGGAGGGAGACAGACAAACACUGGGGAAGCGCUGAGCUAUAUCACGAAGAGCGUGUUCACGAUCAAUGGUGGCAGCAGAAUCCAGGAAGGCGUGCCCCAGUUUUUGAUCCUGCUCACUGCUGGCAAGUCCACCGAUGAUGUUGGGCGGGCAGCGCUGGCACUGAAACACACUGGCGUGGUGCCUUUCACUAUCGGAUCCAGGGACGCAGACGAUGAAGAGCUGCGGCAAAUUUCAUUGUCUCCUGACUACGUCUUCAGGGUGGAUGAUCUGCGGAAUGUUGGAACACUUGAGCAACGUCUCGAAUCUCCUCUGUCAACUCUGACCAAAGAUCAGGUAGUCCAGAUCCAGAGAAGGAUCCUUGAAGGUGCUGUUAAGAGAGAUGUUGUUUUCCUGGUUGAUGGAUCAGAAAGAAUGAGAUCCUCAUUCCCAUCGGUCCAGAGCUUCAUUUCUAGAGUGGUGGAGAAACUCGAUGUUGGAAGUGACAAAGUGCGAGUCAGUGUAGUACAGUACAGUGAUGAUCCCAGACCCGAGUUCCUGUUAAACAGCCACUCAAACAAACAGGAUGUGAUGGAUGCAAUAAGAAGACUCAGAGUUAAAGGAGGGAGACAGACAAACACUGGGGAAGCGCUGAGCUAUGUCACGAAGAGCGUGUUCACGAUCAAUGGUGGCAGCAGAAUCCAGGAAGGCGUGCCCCAGUUUUUGAUCCUGCUCACUGCUGGCAAGUCCACCGAUGAUGUUAGGCGGGCAGCGCUGGCACUGAAACACACUGGCGUGGUGCCUUUCACUAUCGGAUCCAGGGACGCAGAUGAUGAAGAGCUGCGGCAAAUCUCAUUGUCUCCUGACUACGUCUUCAGGGUGGAUGAUCUGCGGAAUGUCGGAACACUUGAACAACGUCUCGAAUCUCCUCUGUCAACUCUGACCAGAGAUCAGGUAGUCCAGAUCCAGAGAAGGAUCCUUGAAGGUGCUGUUAAGAGAGAUGUUGUUUUCCUGGUUGAUGGAUCAGAAAAAAUGAGAUCCUCAUUCCCAUCGGUCCAGAGCUUCAUUUCUAGAGUGGUGGAGAAACUCGAUGUUGGAAGUGACAAAGUGCGAGUCAGUGUAGUACAGUACAGUGAUGAUCCCAGACCCGAGUUCCUGUUAAACAGCCACUCAAACAAACAGGAUGUGAUGGAUGCAAUAAGAAGACUCAGAGUUAAAGGAGGGAGACAGACAAACACUGGGGAAGCGCUGAGCUAUGUCACGAAGAGCGUGUUCACGAUCAAUGGUGGCAGCAGAAUCCAGGAAGGCGUGCCCCAGUUUUUGAUCCUGCUCACUGCUGGCAAGUCCACCGAUGAUGUUAGGCGGGCAGCGCUGGCACUGAAACACACUGGCGUGGCGCCUUUCACUAUCGGAUCCAGGGACGCAGAUGAUGAAGAGCUGCGGCAAAUUUCAUUGUCUCCUGACUACGUCUUCAGGGUGGAUGAUCUGCGGAAUGUCGGAACACUUGAGCAACGUCUCGAAUCUCCUCUGUCAACUCUGACCAGAGAUCAGGUAGUCCAGAUCCAGAGAAGGAUCCUUGAAGGUGCUGUUAAGAGAGAUGUUGUUUUCCUGGUUGAUGGAUCAGAAAAAAUGAGAUCCUCAUUCCCAUCGGUCCAGAGCUUCAUUUCUAGAGUGGUGGAGAAACUCGAUGUUGGAAGUGACAAAGUGCGAGUCAGUGUAGUACAGUACAGUGAUGAUCCCAGACCCGAGUUCCUGUUAAACAGCCACUCAAACAAACAGGAUGUGAUGGAUGCAAUAAGAAGACUCAGAGUUAAAGGAGGGAGACAGACAAACACUGGGGAAGCGCUGAGCUAUGUCACGAAGAGCGUGUUCACGAUCAAUGGUGGCAGCAGAAUCCAGGAAGGCGUGCCCCAGUUUUUGAUCCUGCUCACUGCUGGCAAGUCCACCGAUGAUGUUAGGCGGGCAGCGCUGGCACUGAAACACACUGGCGUGGCGCCUUUCACUAUCGGAUCCAGGGACGCAGAUGAUGAAGAGCUGCGGCAAAUUUCAUUGUCUCCUGACUACGUCUUCAGGGUGGAUGAUCUGCGGAAUGUCGGAACACUUGAGCAACGUCUCGAAUCUCCUCUGUCAACUCUGACCAGAGAUCAGGUAGUCCAGAUCCAGAGAAGGAUCCUUGAAGGUGCUGUUAAGAGAGAUGUUGUUUUCCUGGUUGAUGGAUCAGAAAAAAUGAGAUCCUCAUUCCCAUCGGUCCAGAGCUUCAUUUCUAGAGUGGUGGAGAAACUCGAUGUUGGAAGUGACAAAGUGCGAGUCAGUGUAGUACAGUACAGUGAUGAUCCCAGACCCGAGUUCCUGUUAAACAGCCACUCAAACAAACAGGAUGUGAUGGAUGCAAUAAGAAGACUCAGAGUUAAAGGAGGGAGACAGGCAAACACUGGGGAAGCGCUGAGCUAUGUCACGAAGAGCGUGUUCACGAUCAAUGGUGGCAGCAGAAUCCAGGAAGGCGUGCCCCAGUUUUUGAUCCUGCUCACUGCUGGCAAGUCUACCGAUGAUGUUAGGCGGGCAGCGCUGGCACUGAAACACACUGGCGUGGCGCCUUUCACUAUCGGAUCCAGGGACGCAGAUGAUGAAGAGCUGCGGCAAAUUUCAUUGUCUCCUGACUACGUCUUCAGGGUGGAUGAUCUGCGGAAUGUCGGAACACUUGAGCAACGUCUCGAAUCUCCUCUGUCAACUCUGACCAGAGAUCAGGUAGUCCAGAUCCAGAGAAGGAUCCUUGAAGGUGCUGUUAAGAGAGAUGUUGUUUUCCUGGUUGAUGGAUCAGAAAAAAUGAGAUCCUCAUUCCCUUCGGUCCAGAGCUUCAUUUCAAGAGUGGUGGAGAAACUCGAUGUUGGAAGUGACAAAGUGCGAGUCAGUGUAGUACAGUACAGUGAUGAUCCCAGACCCGAGUUCCUGUUAAACAGCCACUCAAACAAACAGGAUGUGAUGGAUGCAAUAAGAAGACUCAGAUUUAAAGGAGGGAGACAGACAAACACUGGGGAAGCGCUGAGCUAUGUCACGAAGAGCGUGUUCACGAUCAAUGGUGGCAGCAGAAUCCAGGAAGGCGUGCCCCAGUUUUUGAUCCUGCUCACUGCUGGCAAGUCCACCGAUGAUGUUAGGCGGGCAGCGCUGGCACUGAAACGCACUGGCGUGGCGCCUUUCACUAUCGGAUCCAGGGACGCAGACGAUGAAGAGCUGCGGCAAAUUUCAUUGUCCCCUGACUACGUCUUCAGUGUGGAUGAUCUGCGGAAUGUCGGAACACUUGAACAACGUCUCGAAUCUCCUCUGUCAACUCUGACCAGAGAUCAGAUAAGGGUUAUAGUGGACCAAGGAAGGAUUAUAGUAGAUCCAACCCCACAGAGUGUGAAGAGAGAUGUUGUGUUCCUGGUUGAUGGUUCAGACAAGGCUUCAAGGUCCUUUUCCCUCGUCAAAACCUUUAUCAUCAACGUAGCUGAGAACCUUGACAUUGGAACCGACAAAGUGCGGGUCAGUGUUGUCCAGUAUGGCGACCAGCAGAAAGUGGAGUUCUUGUUAAACACCUACUCCACCAAACCGGAAUUGCUGGCGGCAUUAAAGAACCUCAACCACCGAGGAGGGAGAGAAAUUAACACUGGUGCAGCUCUAGAGUACGUCAGGAGAAAUAUAAUCACCAGGGACGGUGGCAGCAGAAUCCAAGAUGGAGUGCCCCAGUUUUUGAUCCUCCUGACGUCUGGUCAAUCUAGUGAUGAUGUCAGACAGGCAGCUCUCGGAUUGAAACUGGCUGCUGUGGCGCCUUUUGUCAUUGGAUCCAGGGACGCAGACAGAAAAGAAAUGCAGGAUAUUUCACUGUCCCUCGAUUAUGUCUUCAGUUUAGAGACAUUGCAGGACCCACAGGCUAUAAGACAGGAUAUAGUAGCCCCAUUGACCCAGCUGAACAAUGCUCAGAUAAUCCAAAUCAGGAACAAAUUAGCUGCUGAAGGUGCCAUCAAGAGAGACAUUGUGUUCCUCAUCGAUGGAUCAGACAAACUCAGACGUGUUUUCCCUGCAAUUCAACGCUUCAUUAUUAAAGUUGUUGACAACUUGGAUGUUGGAAUGAACAAAGUGCGUAUAUCAGUGGUGCAGUACAGCAAUGAAGCCAAGGUGAACUUCCUCUUAAACACUCACUCCACCAAGGCUGAGGUCCUGGGAGCAGUGAGAAACCUUGCUGUUUUAGGAGGACCAAAUGCUAACACUGGAAUGGCACUGGCUUUCGUCAGAGCUAACCUAUUCAUCAAGCCUGCUGGCAGCAGAAUUGAGGAAGGCGUGCCCCAGUUUCUGAUCCUGUUCACUGGUGGCAAGUCCACCGAUAAUGUUGGUCAGGCGGCGCUGGCACUGAAAGAAGCUGGUGUGGCGCCUUUCAUUAUUGGAUCCAGGGAUAUGGAUGAUGAGGAGCUGCGACGGAUUUCACUGUCUCCCAAUUACAUCUUCAAGGUGGAUGAUCUGCGGGAUGUCGGAACACUUGAGCAACGUCUGUUGAAGCCUUUAUUGAACAUGAAAGCAACUGAAAUAAGCACAAUCCACGAAACAUUACGUUCUGACAAUCCCAAGAAAGACAUAGUGUUUCUGGUUGACGGAUCCAAAAACGUGAACUCUGGAGAUUUUGCUCACAUCCGUGAUUUCAUCAUUUACCUAAUUGACAGUCUUGACAUUGGAGCCAACAAGAUCCGAAUUGGCCUGGCUCAGUACAGUGACAGACCAAGAACCGAGUUCUUCCUCAAAGACCAUCAGAGGAAAGUUUCCCUGCAGGGGGCCAUCAGGCGCAUUAGACCUGUAGGGGACUUGAGGCUCAACACUGGGGCAGCUGUGAACUUUGUUAUUCAAAACCACUUCAUCUCAAGAGCUGGAAGCAGGAAAGAUGAGGGGGUACCACAGUAUCUGAUACUCAUUACCAGCAGCAAGUCCCAAGAUGACAUCCGAGCUUCCUCAGAUUUAAUCAAAAAUUCAGGAAUUUACAGUUUUGCUGUUGGUGCAAAAAACCCUGACAGAGAUGAGUUGAAAAAUAUUGGAACCCUGCCUUAUAGCGUGUACAUUCUCAAUAGCUUCCAGCUGCUCCCCACCAUGCAGGAGGCGCUUCGCAACCAGCUGCUAAUGGUCAAUCCAGUGGAUUACGAGACCCCCGAACCCCCCACACCCGAAGCAUCAUUGCGUCAGAAAAAGGCUGACAUUGUGUUUGCUUUGGAUGGUUCCAUGAACGUCGGACGGACGAACUUCCCAGUUUUGAUCGAGUUCAUCAGGAGCAUAGUGGACGCGAGCUAUAGGGAUGACGGAUCGUUCCAAGUCGGCGUGGUCCAGUAUAGCUCAGACGUGUCGCAUGAAUUCUUCCUCAAUUCCUUCACAGACAGAGAGAGUGUCAUCAAGGCCAUCCAGAAUAUCCAGUACAAAGGGGGCAGGAUGCUGAACACUGGGAAAGCCCUGAGGCAGAUUAAAACCCAGCAGCUAAUCCGGCCGGCAGGUAGCAGGGUGGACGAGGGGGUGCCACAGAUUGUUAUCCUCUUAACAGGUGGGAAGUCGACCGACGAUGCCUUGUUGGCUGCAAGAGAGCUGAGAGAUUCACACAUCAAGCUCUUCACUGUGGCUUUGCCAAACGCCGAUGUGGAUGAAAUGAGCCAAAUAGCAAGUGAGCAGGCGGCAGCAUUCAGGGUCACCAACUACAAUGGUCUGUCUGGCCUGACUGAGGACAUCUUGCUGACCUUGGCUGACAGCAUUUCAGGUGAACUGUGUCCCAGAGUGCCUGAUAAAGUGAAAGACUGCAACAUCGACAUUUUGCUUGGCUUAGAUGUCAGCAGUGGUGGUCGUGGAGACAACGUCUUUGUACCUCUGAGGGUUUUGGAGUCCAAGGUGGGAGAUGUUAUGCAGAGAAUCUCCCAGUUACGGACAUUAAGUUGCUCUGGCUCAAAGGUGCCAGUGGUGAGAGUCGGCAUCAUGGCCUACAGUCGUGGAGGCCAGCGGAAAUUCUUCGACUUUGAAGACUACACACCCGAAAUAAUGAAAAAUUUCCAAACCCUGAGAGAUGAUGCUCCAUACGUCCUCGACACAAGGACUUUAAAUGCAUACUUGCAAGCCUUUAGAGACCGCAGCUCUGCUGGUGUGAAGGUCAUAAUCCAUUUCACGGACGGGCUCGAUGAAGACAUUAACACAUUAAGGGCAGAAGCCGAGACAUUACGAAGAGGAGGUAUCCACUCAUUGCUGUUGGUUGCCAUGGAGAACGUAGCAGGGUUUGAAGAAGCUGCCUUGCUGGAGUUUGGCCGAGGGUUUCGGUACAGGAGACCACUGUCAAUCAGCCAGCUGGAUUUAGAAUAUGAGUUGGCGGAAGAACUUGAUAACAUUGCAGAGAGAGUAUGCUGUGAUGUCCCUUGCAAGUGUCUUGGUCAGUCUGGUGACAAAGGUCCUCAGGGACCACGAGGCCUGAAGGGUAACCCAGGUCCUAAAGGAUUCAGUGGUCAUCCAGGAUAUGAAGGUGGACCAGGUGAGAGAGGUCCGCCUGGUGUAAAUGGAACUCAAGGCUUUCAGGGAUGCCAAGGACAAGGUGGAAUGAAGGGCACCCGUGGAUAUCCAGGAGAUAAGGGUCUAGACGGAGAACUUGGUCUUGAUGGAAUAAAUGGCGAGCAGGGAAUAUAUGGAAUAGCAGGCCCGUCAGGAGAAAGAGGUGACCUGGGUCCCCGGGGUUUGAAAGGAGCCAAAGGUGGGAGAGGAGAAAGAGGUGAAAUGGGGCAUCGAGGUGACCCGGGCACAUCAGGAACUGACAACACUCAGAGAGGAAUCAAAGGGCAGAAGGGUGACUCUGGCAUAGCGGGAGACCCCGGUACAGAUGGCACUCCAGGACAGAGGGGACCACUUGGCAAGAAUGGAGCGACCGGCCGCAGGGGAUCAGCCGGACCCAGAGGCGACAAAGGUGCUGCAGGACCCCCAGGCAGUGCAGGGGAGCCAGGAUUCAGAGGCCCACAAGGUCCGUCUGGAAGCGGAGGUCAGCCUGGGAUCAUUGGUGCACCGGGCAUGCGAGGGCCUCGGGGACCGUUUGGGCCUCCAGGACCAGAUGGUGAAAACGGUAGGAGUGGGCCAAUUGGGAGAAAGGGUGAGCCUGGCACCUCUGGCAAGAGGGGUGAAAGUGGACCUGUUGGGCCUCGUGGAGAAAUGGGCGAGGAUGGGAAAGAUGGAAUCGGAAACCCAGGACCCAGAGGCAGAAAGGGAGAGAGAGGUCCACUAGGACUCCCAGGACCAAAGGGUUACCUUGGAGAGAACGGAGUGAAAGGCAGAGAAGGUGUGAAAGGAAACCGAGGCAGGAGGGGAUAUUCAGGAGAGCCAGGAGCAGAUGGACAGAAAGGAGAGUAUGGUUAUUCAGGCCCCCAGGGUGAAAAGGGAAGGCGUGGGUUGUCUGUCAUGACUUGCGAUCUUGUAAAGCAGAUCAGAGAUUCCUGCCCUUGCUGCUAUGGUGAAAAGGAGUGUCCAGUCUAUCCAACCGAGCUGGCCUUUGUGAUCGAUACAUCCAAGGAUUCAAAUGCUGCCCAGCUUAACAGCUACAAGGACUUCAUUCUCAAAAUAGUGCAUAACCUGACCAUAGUAGAGAGCAAUUGCCCCAAGGGUGCUCGGGUGGCAGUGCUGACCUACAACAGUGAAGUGAUGACAGAAAUACGCUUCAGCGGUGCCAGGAACAAGCGGGACCUGAUCAGCCGUAUCGAAAACAUGCAGUUCACCCGCUCGAGCAGGGAGUCCAGCCUUGCCCACGCUACGCAAUUUGUGGCCAAGAAUACCUUCAAGCGUGUGCGUAGUGGCUUCCUGAUGAGGAAGCUGGCUGUGUUCUUCCCUAGCGGAGCCACAAGUCGCUCCCCGGAGUUGGACGCGGGCAUCCUGAAGAUCUACGACGAGAACAUCAUCUCUGUCUUCCUUACGCCCAAAGAUGACAACGUGCUGAACCGGGCGCUGCAGAUAAAUGAAACCGGGCUGUCGCAGCUCCUGAAUUUCCGCAAUGAUGAGGCGACAAUGGAAAAGGUGAUGUCCUGCCACGUUUGUUUAGAUUUUUGCGAACCCAAUAACCUCUGCGAUGACAAGCUGUUCCGGCAGAAGCGGUCGCCCCAGCCCAGCGAUGUAGACCUGGACAUAGCCUUUGUGCUAGAUACCUCUGAGUCCACCAGCCCUGUCCAGUUCCUGGAGAUUAAACGCUUCAUUGAGUACAUGACAGAGCAGCUUGAGAUCAGCCCACAGCCCGCGGCAUCGCAGCGACACGCCAGGGUGGCCGUCGUCCAGCACGCCUCCUACCACUUCCAGGCCAACCGCAGCCUAGCCCCGGUGCAGGUAGAUUUCACCCUGACUGGCCACUCCUCUGCCACAGCCAUCACAGAGUACAUCCGGAACAAGAUGGUGCUGCUGGAAGGGACCAGGGCCUUGGGCCAUGCUGUCGAGUGGACCAUCGCAAACGUUUUUGAGAAAGCCCCCCACCCUAGACCUCUGAGGGCGGUGGUCAUCAUAACAAUUGGAGAUCUGACGGAAGCUGAGAGAGAGAAGCUGGAGGUAGCGGUUACCAGAGCCAAGUGCAAAGGCUAUUUCUUCAUCAUAUUCAGCAUUGAGGAGCAGAUUAACAGGAAGAACCUCGCCUACUUGGCUAGCUUCCCUCACGAUGUCUUCUUCAAGCACAUUUCUGACACUUCUCAGUUGCAUAGCGACGCUGUACUAAGGUUUGGCCGCCUCCUCCCUAAGUACCUCAAUGGUGAGAACACAUUCUAUUUGGCAACAGAGCUGCAGAAACAGUGUGAAAGGCUCCAGAGUGACGAUGCGGGACCAGGCACUUGGGGAACUCAUGUCAAACCCAGUGACAACGAAAUCUCUGUCGAUCCACCGAAACUUGCAGAACCAGGCACAGAUUUCUCGGUGUCCAACGUGACAGAGGACAGCAUCUUCUUGAAAUGGGGCCAGGCAGAGCCACAGGAGAUCCAUUACUAUGAGGUCACUGUGGUCAAAAGCAACCAGAACCUUCUUAUCCUGAAGACCAACGUCACUAAGCCAGAGAUCUUCCUGAAGGAGCUAGAAGACGGGCAGAUGUAUGAUGUGCUGGUGACGGGAUUCUAUCAUUCCAAGGCCAAAACCUUUUAUAACAGCACCUUUACAACCAAAAGCUCAGCCAACAAAAGCAGCCCCAUCAUUCUUGGACAGGAGCCGCUAGAGAACCCGGAGACAGAUCGGUGCAUGCUGGAUUUUGACUCGGGAUCUCGGUGUUUGGAAUAUCUUGCGAAAUGGUUCUUUGACGGGAAAAACAAGAUCUGCACUCAGUUUUGGUAUGGGGGCUGUGACGGUAAUGCCAAUAGGUUUGAUACAGAAGCCGAGUGCCUUAGAGAGUGCGGCAAAUCAUUGCCAGAGAGGAGCACAUCAGAAUCUGUGGGUGAGGAAAAUUCGCUGCCAGUUACAGACAUUUGUCAGCAACCGCGGGAUGAAGGAAUGUGCCGAAACUUUGUCCUGAGGUGGUAUUACGACACAAAAAGCGCGGAGUGCACACGCUUCUGGUAUGGUGGGUGCAAUGGAAACCAGAACAGGUUCAACACGCAGGAUGAGUGUGCCAAGAACUGUACAAAAGGUCAGGUUCCACCUGGUAUGGUAAACACGAUGGGAACGUAAAGAAACAGAUCCCCUGGCCUACAUACCUCUGAUAGAAGCCAGUGUCAACGGCCUGUCCACAUUCCCAAUCCGCUGAAGGGUUCCACGGAUACCUUACACUGUAACGCUAAUAGCUUUCAUUAACCCAAUCUUGAAAAGUCUUCCCAUUUGAAAAGCACAGUUGUUGCAUGUUAUUAUGGUGCUAAAGUUUGUGUUGUAUUCGUGGAUAAUUAAUCCGUUCACUGUUGCACACAUCCACGUUCAACCCAGCUUCUUUCAUUUUCAUCGGUCAGGUGUGUAUGUUUGUAUAUGUACGUGUGUGCCACACACCGUGGUGUGUGUGCUUUUUAUUAUAUACUUUCAUUACAUUUUCCACAUUUCCUCUGACUAUGCUCACCGCUUUUUCCUUUUUAUUGGGUGUAAAAAAAAUUAAAAAAACAUAAAAUAACAAGGUGGUUCUGGGACAUGUCUUAAAGCUGGAUUCUAACACAAGGUCAAGAAUACGAGGGGGUUGGAAAGGUGGUGGGGGGUGGGAGUGUGGGAGGGGCGUGGGAACCAUGGUAGGCUUCCAUUGUAUGUAUAUGCUUUGAUCAAUUUUUUAAUCCAGGUGUAAAUUAGCAGCAUUCGCUGGCUGUAUACAAACAUAGAAAAAUCGGAAAAGGAAGAGGCCACUCAACCCAUUGAACCUGUUCCAACAGUUUACCAGAUCUUGGAAGAUCUUUUAAUCUAAACGCUUCAUCCUUUUGCCACACUCCUUAAAAUCUGUACUGCCCAAGUCUCUCUCUCUCUUAUCUUUUAAACAUACUGAUUAAUUUCACCUCCACCGUAUUCUGGGGCAGAGCUUUGGAACUCCUAACAACUCUCUGUGGGAAGCAAUACUUUCAUGACUUCAGUUAGUUCUGAUUUUAAGGCCCUGCCCCUCGUAACAACUCGAGGGAAGAGUCAUCCACUAUCUAAUCUGCCAAUUAAUUUCAGCUUAACUACGUUUUAAAUACUUCAAAUCACUCCUUAGCCUCCUCUGCUCUAGGGAAUAUAACCCAAUUUACCCAGCCCCUUAUCCUAUCUUAACGCCCUUCAGACCAGCUAUAAUCUAGUGAACUGUUGCACCAGAUAUGAACUAUCACGAAAAUUGAACUUUCCUUUUUUUUCUAAGAAAAAAAAGUGCAUUCAACUCUCGUCAGGUGAGGGUAGAUUUAUGUACCAUUCUUAACAGUGUUUUUAACAAUCUUUAUUUUGCUAAGAAGUUUAAGAAGCUUUCCCAGUUAGUUAUAAGUUGCAUUUACAAUAUCAAAUGCAAGCACUGUAUUUACAAGGGCAGUGUGAUGUCUCAGGGGUGCUUACUGUAGUACUGUAGUGGUUCUACAGACGAAUGCAGAUUCUGACAGCCACACAGAACCAGGGAAGGUUAAAACCCACACACAUAUAAGUACACAUCAAAAGAACAAAAAAAAGUUGUUUAAAAAUACUUGCUUUGUGAGGCUGAAGCCAGGAGAUUGAGUGAUUGAGUGAUAAAACAUUCUCUCUCUUUCUCACACACAAGCACACCCACACACACAACCAAUAAUACUUUCAAAAAUACUAUCAGGAAUUCUUCCCUAGCACAACGCCAGGAAAUUGAGUGCCCUAGGGGUGAAUGUUUGUGUCAUCUGAUUGAUGUCUUUUUACAACAUUGUUACCAUGUAUAACUUUGCGGAAGAUAUGUACGUUCAAGAAUGUUUCUAAUAAAAUUGAUCUGAAAUUUGA